GCAGCAUGUCGCACAGCGCGUACGGAAUCGACGAGGCGACGCUGCUGAAAAGCUACAACUUGUCCACGCUUGCCCCGGAGCGAUGGGAGGACGUGGACCAUAAUGUCGAGGGCCCGUUGGCUGGGACGCUGAGCACCGAGGGUGGGGGCGGGGCGGACGAUAUCGACCCUCUGGGGCUGUUGGCGCAUCUGAACCACACCGCCGACCUCGACCUGCGCACGCGCGGCGCGACGCUCCUCUCCUCCAAAGCCUUUGACCCUAAAGUCUUCCUCUCAGUCCAGCACCCGGACGCGUCGUACGACGACCUCCGGCACGGCGUGCACAACCUGCAGCAUGCGCUCGAGAGCCGCAGCGAGCAGGUGCGCAUCCUCGUCGAGGAGAACUUUGACCGCUUCGUGACUGUCAAGGCGACGUCGGACGUCGUGUACCGCGACAUGGCGGACAGCUUUAUCGGCGAGGACACGGACCACGGGACGCGCGAGCUGCGCGAGAUCUUCAAGGUGGCCGGUCAUCGGGCGGACCAGGUGUUCCUGCCCGUGCUGGAGAACGCAGUCAAGGCCUCCAAGCUGCGCUCGACGCUCGGCGUGUUUGAAAAGUCCAAGUUCCUGUUCAACCUCCCCGGCCAGCUGCUCGACUCGAUCAACGCGGCCAAGUACGACCAGGGGUUACGCGACUACAAGAAGGGGCUGUUUCUGCGCUCGGCGCGCUCGAGCCCCGGCGCACUGAUGCCCGGCGUGCCGGCCACGACGGCCGAGCAGGUCGCGCGCCAGCGCCGCGUGUUUGACAAGGUGUGGGAGAGCGUUGAGAGCGUCAUGGACGGCAUGCGCCAGCGGCUCGAUGCGCAGCUCAAGGACCCGUCGCGAAGUGUCGACGACCACGAGAAGACUCUUGAGAUUCUUGUCGAGUUGGACGGGUCCGACGAGCCGGCAUGGGCAUACCUCGAUUACCAGCACCGGUUUAUCAGAGACAGCAUGGACGCGCUGUUCCAGCGCUCGCAAGAGGUCAUCAAGGAGGCGCAAAAGACCGCCAGCGACGAACCGUCGUCGUCAUCCCCGCUCACCGACCUGCUCCGCCGCCAGCUCGCCACGCCAGAAUACAAGCCAAACUCGUUAAUGGCCUCGGCCACCGAAGCCGCGUGGGCGGCCAUCAUCGCAAUGAUCUCCAAGCUGUCCGACUACGUCAUCCGCACACUUCCCGGCUUCUGGAAGAUUGCAAAGGCGUGCAUGGACGGGCGGUACCUCAAGCGCGACUCGAGCGGCACCCUGCGCGCGUCGCACCGUCCCGCGUCGGCGUGUCGCCAGAUGGCGUCGGAAAUUGUCAAGCGCUACAUUGGCUACCUAUCCCAGUUCUUCACCCUCUCCGACGUGUCGGUCGCCGACACGGUGAUGAGACGCGAGGGCUCGAACGGGCCCGACCGUCCCGUCCCGUCCUUCGUGCCCGCCGGCACGACGGUGCUCGCUGCGUGCUACUUUGUGCAGGAGAUUGUCGACCAGGUGCACGAGUGCGCCGUCGAGCUCACCGUCAUCGACGUGGGCAAGGAGGCGAGCUCGGGCGCCCGCGGCAUGGUCGACUCGCUCCGCUGGCGCAUGGAGGAGGUCAUCACGGCCACGUGGUGGCGCGAUACUAGGACACUGCACCUGCUCGGCGACUGGAAGACGACGCCUGACGGCUCGGUGAAGGGCCACGAGAGAUACCUCAAGCUCGUCGACGACCUCCAGACGCGCGUCUUAACCGCCGCCCGCAAGAUUGCAGGCACGCCCGGCCCCCACUCUGCGCGCGACCGCGAGCAGCAGCUCGUUAUCCCCCCAAAUUUCAAGCGCAGGAUCAGGGAGAGCCUUGUGGAAGCCGAGAAGCUCGUGUUCUCGGGCAUUCUUGGCCUGGCAAAGGAGCAAAAGAAGAGCUCGAGGCCCGGCCGCUCAAACUCGGUCACGGCGCCCGUCCAAUCGCAGGAGACGCGCCUGCUGUACACGCUCGCAGCGUUUGACCAGCUCCGCAUGACGGGCGUGCCGGCGCUGACGGCGCGCAUUACCAUCCUGCUCGACGUCGACGCGUCGGCCGACCGCAAGACGCUCGACAUGGCACUGGCGGAAAUGUACGACUCUGUGUUUGAAAACUACACGUCGCGGCGCGGCGACCAGCUGUGCGAUCUCGUCCGCAACGGCGUGCUCAACUCUGGCAUCGACUGGCUCAAGACGCCCACGCCGAAAGAGGUCCGGCCGUACAUGCACCAGGUGGUGCUGCAGCUCGUCGAGGCGCACGCGCAGGUGGGCGACGUGUCGGUCGACCUUGUCCCGAGAAUCCUCGAGACGCUCGUGGACAAGGUGUCGGAGACGGCACUGCAGUCGUUCAAGCGCGUCAGCCGCUUUGGCACGGGCGGGAUGUUGACGGCAACCCUCGAGAUGGAGUUCCUCCAGCAGUCCGUCACGGCGUACCUGUCUCCGAAGGCCAAGGCGGCGCUGGAAGAGGUCUACGACAUUAUUGCACAGCUGUACCGCCGGCAGCAGGCGCCCGAGACACUGCAGCGCGACCUGGAUGCGAUGCGGCGUCUCUUGGCAGACAGCCGGCGGGGCACCGGUGUGGAGACAAUGUGCUUGCGGUCAUUGCCACCUGCAGCCUCAACCUCGGGCAGGAAGUGAGGCGCGGGGUGUGAGUGAGAGGCAGGCGGCAAGUGAGAGCCAGGGCGACUUAUCAAUUGCCCCAUGACGAGUGGCUCGGCGAUUCCCCACCGAGGUUGGGUGUGCGUAAUUGCCGUGUGUUGUAGUGUAGCACAUGCAACUGUCC